GAGAGAGGUUUCUCUGCAACUUUCUCUCUCUCUUCCGAGAAAGAAAAAAGACAGAAGCUUUUUCCAUUCGGACGAAGAAGAAGAAGGAGAAGUGAAAGACAAGACAACACGUCGUUACAGGACAAACUCCAUUUACUGAUCAGCAAUGGCCAAAGAUAGAGAGAGAGAUAGUAGAGAGAACAAGAAGGUGUUAGUCAAGGUGGUAUGGAGUUACGCCGCUGAGCUCAAGCUCAUUCUCACUGCUCUCCUCAUUCUCUGUACCGUUGCCACUCUCCUCCAGUUUCUUCCUUCUCGUUUCACCAUCUCCACUUCCGAUCUCCGUGUCUGCAUCUCCAGAGUCGCCACCACCUCUACUUCUUUGGAGGAUCAAAACGGUGUCGUUUCUUCUUCUUCUACUUCUACUUCUUCUAGUCUGCUACUUAACGACGUCGUUUCUUCCUCGCCUACUCCAACCCCGUCUCCUUCUUCUCCUCCUCCGCCGACUCCCCCACCUCCACCACCGCCUGCGACCGAGCAAGAUCAGCUCCUCUCAAAUGGGGUUCUCAAAAGGGCGUUCAAUCCUUACGGUGCCGCUGCUUACAACUUCAUCACCAUGGGAACUUACAGAGGAGGACUCAACACCUUCGCCAUUGUUGGUCUAGCUUCCAAGCCACUUCACGUCUACGGAAGCCCAACCUACGAGUGCCAAUGGCUCCCUCAUCAGAACUCUUCCAACGUCAUCUCCACCGUCGGAUACAAGAUCCUCCCAGAUUGGGGUUACGGCCGAGUCUACACAGUCGUCGUUGUUAACUGUACUUUCGCCGAGAAUGUGAAUGUAGAUAAUUCCGGCGGAAAGUUGGUUCUCUACGCAUCUUCCUCCGGCACCGGAGACCGGAAGUUCAACCUCACUGACAGGAUUGAGACUCUGACCGAAGCUCCCGGGAGCUUGGACACUGCCAUCUUCAGUUCUCAGCCCAAGUACGACUAUUUCUAUUGUGGGUCUUCGUUGUACGGAAGCUUGAGUCCCCAGAGAGUUAGGGAGUGGUUGGCUUACCAUGUGAGACUGUUCGGACCCAGAUCUCAUUUUGUGAUACACGAUGCGGGUGGGGUCCAUGAGGAGGUGAUGGAGGUGUUGAAGCCAUGGAUUGAGCUUGGCUAUGUGACGUUGCAGGAUAUUAGAGACCAGGAGAGGUUUGAUGGUUACUACCAUAACCAGUUCAUGGUGGUGAAUGAUUGUUUGCAUCGGUAUAAGUUCAUGGCUAAGUGGAUGUUCUUCUUUGAUGUGGAUGAGUAUAUAUAUAUUCCACCCAAGAACACCAUUAAAUCUGUUCUGGCUUCUCUCUCUGAUUACAACCAAUUCACCAUUGAACAGAUGCCCAUGAGCAGUAAGCUAUGCCUCUCUGCUGAUGCUGGAAGAACUUACAGGAAAUGGGGUUUCGAGAAGCUUGUGUAUAAAGAUGUGAAAAGAGGAAUAAGGAGGGACCGAAAGUAUGCGGUGCAACCGCGUAGCUUGUAUGCAACAGGGGUUCACAUGUCACAGAACAUGGCCGGAAAGUCCACACACAAGACCGAGGGCCGGAUCAUGUACUUCCAUUACCACGGCACCAUAGCACAGCGCCGAGAGCCCUGUAGAAACCUCGGCAACUGGACUGAUAUCACCUUUGAAAACAACCCUUAUAAACUGGACACAACCAUGAGAGACAUUGCUGGUUUUGUCAAGAAGUUUGAGCUAAAAAUGAUUGGACCAAGAUUACAGAAGACUCGUCAAUAGUAACAAUGAUUAUAUUGAUAAUAAUGGAUGAGAUGAGAUGAGAUUAUAUGAUAUGAUAUGAUACCCUUUCUUUUAUUUUAUUUUAUUUUUUCAUUUUGUGGGUAGUUUUUGUUUUGGUUCUUUGUUGUUAGAUUGAACCAUGUACAAGGGAAAGAGAGAUUCUUUGGGGUGGGUUGGGAAGGUUCUUACUUGUAAUAUAGCAUUUUCUUUUCUUAUUUGAGUAUAGAUACAGUGGUACAUUAUAUCACAUGAGUCACCCAUUUGCAUUCUUUUGUUUAAAAACAACAAAUUUAUAAGUAUUCUUAUUCUUUUA